AUGAGUCCUACAACAAAUGGUAUUGCUGGCUCGGCCGACGAUGAAAUUUUCAAGGAAGGCGUCCGAGUAGCCGUAAUCGGUGCUGGAGUCAGUGGUGUUUGCACAGGCGUUCGCCUCCUUCAACAAGGCGCUCACGUCGUCGUUUUUGAACGGUCCCAAGUGUCAUCUGGGGUUUGGCAUUUUGACCCGAGAGUCGAUUCCAACAGUGUGGCAUAUCCUAGCAAGGAAGCCUCACUAGGCGAAUAUGAGACAUCCCUGCCUGGCCAAUUUCUCCCGCCAGGUGUGAAGAAUGGAUACUCCAAGGAUGACGAGGCUCGCCUCCGCCACCACGCCCUGAACACAACGGACAGAGAAGCUUUGGAAACUUCCUUCGCACCCCCGGGUCCUUGCUACUCUGGGUUGAAAAACAACAUCCCUACACGUCUUUUGUAUAGUAACCUCAAGCUUUGGCCUUCGGGGACAAAAGAUAAUGUGCCGCACUGGGAGAUUGAGAAGUACAUUCAAGAUAUUGGCGCUGAGAAUGAUCUGGAGAAAGUCACGCUCUACAAUACACGCGUUGAAACUGCCAGAAAGUCUGAGGACGGGCAAAAAUGGCUGUUACGAACAAUUACACUGCUACCCAAAGAGGGGACACCUCAAAUUGUGGAAAGAUCUUGGGAGUUUGAUGCGAUUGUUGUUUGUUCUGGCCAUUACAAUCUUCCUCGAAUUCCUGAUUUCCCUGGUCUACCAGAGUGGAAACAAGCAUUUAAGGAUAGAGUGAUACAUUCUAAGGAAUAUCGAAAUCCCGAUGACUUCAGAGACAAGAAUGUCCUGGUGAUAGGAGGAGCCACUUCAGCGUCUGAUAUUUGCCGAGAACUAAAUGGGGUAGCGAAAACCGUCUACCAAAGUACAAGAGGAGGAAAGUUUGACCAUCCAGCAACAAUCAUUCCUCCUGCCGUGAAGAGGGUAGGGGAAGUGAAUAGCUUUGUUCUGGACAAGGGGAAUGAUGUUGAGAAUUUGAGGGAUGCAUCGUCCUCAAUUCCCGGUCAAGUGCUUUUAAGAAAUGGAGAGAGGGUCAAAGAUCUCCAUCACAUUAUCAUCGCAACCGGAUACCUAACGUCAUUUCCGUUCCUGUCUCAAUUCCACGGAGACAACGUGCCUAUUGAAGACGCAACCCCGGAAUUGCUGGUCACGUCCGAGGCAAACAUGGUACACAACUUACAUAAAGAUAUCUUUUACAUCGAGGAUCCAUCGCUCAGUUUCGUUGGCAUCCCUUACUAUGUUGCCACUUUCUCGGUAUUUGAUUUCCAAGCUGAGGCCGUGGCUCGGGUGCUCACUGGCAAGACCAAAUUGCCAUCACGGCAAGUUUUGCGAGACGAGUAUAACAAGAAGAUCGCCCUGAGGGGUCGUGGUCGAAACUUUCAUAGCUUGGCGGAUGAGGGAGCGGAACUUGGCUAUGUCAAGGAUCUCGCAGACUCCAUAAACAAGGGAGCCCAUGGUAGUAAAGCUGGCCUUAUGCAGGGUCACUCCGAGGAGUGGCUUGAUUCUUUCGAAAAGUACAAGUUAUGGAGAAAUGGCCUUAAAAAAGGUACAGUGAACUUGCUUACUUCUUUAGAAGAGUUUAUACUCCUCCAAGAGAAAUGA